UGGUUCAUUAUCUGAUUAUUUUUUCUCUCUAGGGUUUGCACUACUUUUUUCUCUCAGUAAGGAAAAACAAUUCCUUUUUAUCUAUCACGGGUUAUUCGAGAUCAUUCCUUCUUCUUUCUUCUUUUUCGCGUCCCAUAUUCGGAUCUUCUCCCAUCUCAUUCAUUGACAGUUAUAUUUGAUCCGAUUUCUUCUCUCCUCAACCCUGUAUGUUUCCAGCUCUGAUCUGUAGUAAUUAUUAGAUCAAUACUAUUUUCUUUAUCUAAUCAGCUGGAAUUUGUCAGAGGAGAGAUCGUUAUGGAUCUAAAUCCGAAGCUUCUCAAGUGGGUUUGAUUGAAGUUGGAAUUGGAGCAACUAAGGCGACCCAACAACAACUUAGAUGUUAUGCAAUGUAUAUUUAAGGUCUGUGAUUCUUCAAACACGACGGAUUGGAAGGUUCACAGAAGGUAGGUCUGUGCUUACAAACAAUAUUAGGAAAAGUUUGUGCAUAAAUUGGAGACAAAACUAUAUAUCCUCCUAUUGUGCAUUCUCCAAAACUUUGAGGAUGAUGGUAGAUACUGGUGCAAAUGCUGGAGGACGACCCAUGGUUGAUAUCCUUCAAGAUAAAGAAGACCAUGGUGGAUUUGCUAGUGGAGGCUGGAAAAGUGAAGAUGGGAAACUGAGCUGUGGAUAUUCAAGUUACCGUGGAAAGCGAGUAACUAUGGAGGAUUUCUUUGAUGUCAAAAGAACAAAGAUUGAUGGCCAAAUAGUCUCCAUAUUCGGGAUUUUUGAUGGUCAUGGUGGAUCUCGAGCUGCUGAAUUUCUUAAGGAACAUCUUUUUGAGAAUCUAAUGAAGCAUCCACAUUUUUUGACAGAGACCAAGUUGGCCAUAAGUGAGACUUAUCAGCAAACAGAUAAAGAUUUUCUGGAAUCUGAGAAGGAUACUUAUAGGGAUGACGGCUCUACAGCAUCAACAGCUGUUUUGGUUGGAAACCAUUUAUAUGUCGCUAACGUUGGAGAUUCACGGACUGUGAUAUCAAAGGCUGGGAAAGCGAUUCCUCUAUCCGAUGAUCACAAACCUAAUCGAAGUGAUGAACGCAAAAGGAUUGAAAAUGCUGGAGGUAUUGUAAUGUGGGCAGGAACUUGGAGGGUAGGUGGUGUCUUGGCGAUGUCACGUGCUUUUGGCAACAGAAUGUUAAAGCAAUUUGUUGUGGCUGAGCCUGAGAUCCAGGACUUGGAGAUUGAUGAAGCAUUUGAAUUGCUAGUACUAGCAAGUGAUGGUCUAUGGGAUGUGGUACCCAAUGAGGAUGCUGUAUCGAUCGCAAUGACAGAAGAAGAACCUGAGGUAGCAGCAAGGAAGCUAGUAGAUACUGCUUAUUCUCGAGGCAGUGCAGACAAUAUCACAUGCAUUGUUGUAAGGUUUCAUCAUGAGAAGCUGCCUCAACAGCCUACAACAAAAACUGAACCCGAAGAAGAGAAAACUGCAACAAAAACUGAACCCGAAGAAGAGAAGACUGCAACAAAAACUGAACACGAAGAAGAGAAAAAAGUCGAAAUUUAAUGUCAUCGCCCAGUGCAUUUGGUGCUGUAACAGUGCCGUUUUCUAAUUCACAUUUUUCGCACCAAAUUUUGCACUUAUAUAAUACAUAUUUCAGUAAAGACAACUGUGUCUAGUCAUUAUGAAGUAAGUCAUAUCAGGACAAGGCCAUGUAAUUCAUUCUGGUGAUGUUAUUUUCCUUCCAUUUUUCUUCAUUAU